CUCACCGAGGACCGGCAAACCACGUUUAUCAGAGCCACAAGGUCUAAAAUGGUCAGCCAGACCAAGGAUUCGAAUCGGCGGGACGGACGCGAGGAGACGGAGGGGGGUUAGCGGCGUUUGUGUUGCGUGGAGGUAUCGGUACUUGGUGGGUUGGGGGAAAAGGUGAGAGCGUCAGAGAUGGGAUGAAUGCAGUGCCGUCGGUCAGUCAAUCUGGUCUGUUGUAGGCUGAUUGGCUGAUGUAUGCUGUUGUUGCUGCUUUUUAACUUUCUCUUCGCUGUCGCUUCUAAUGAUAAUGAGGCUGGCUUGAUUGCCAAGCAACGGCGGAUGCUGCUCGUGGUAGCGGAUGAGGGAAAAGAGAAAAAUCCAAGUAAACAGCUGGCAGACAACUGCUGUAAGUGGUGGUACUUGGCUGCGAGGUAUUGCCUCUUCAACGCUGCAGUGUGUCCGUUGGUACUUGUACAGCAGAUUGAGCAGCAGUGAGACGGAUCCCCAUCAUCAGGAACCUGCACUCUCCGCAGCAGCUUGGCGGGACUCCUUGUACCUGACAAUCGCAGCAGUGGUUGGUCAAAGUCCAGGUACAAGCGCCACUCUUCCGUGGCUGGCUUACAGAGACAUGGCAGGUAAGUGGCUCAUCAGUCAGUGUUUGAGUUGGAACGAGGAGAAGAUGAGGCACCGCGAGAGAAAAACGUUGCCAACAAUGUCCCUCUUUUUUUUUCUUGCUAUUUACAAGUCCCAAAGCUAAAUAAAGUAAGCCAAGAUGGAUCAUGCA